AUGGACAACAGCCCCCCAUUCCCAAGAAAGAUUACAAGGCACCUGACCUUUCCACUUCUUGCUGUUACACUCCUGUCAUCAUUUGGAUCCUCCAUGCUGUAUGGCUUCAAUCUGGCUGUGGUAAACUCUCCAGCGGUGCACAUCAAAGCCUUCUACAACGCAACAUGGUAUCAACGCUAUGGGCAGGGCCUGGCUCAAGGACCUCUCACUCUCAUGUACUCCCUGACUGUCUCCAUUUUUGCCCUGGGAGGCUUUGUGGGGUCAUUUCCUGUGGGAAUUCUGGUCACCCAAUAUGGGAGGAAUGGCACUUUGAUCCGUAGCAACUUCCUUGUUCUGUUGGCUGGCAUGUUAAUGGGAUUCAGCCGCUACUUGGGAUCCCCUGAAAUGGUCAUUUUGGGGCGCUUCAUCAUAGGGAUUCAUUCUGGCAUCUGCCUCAGUGUGGUGCCCAUGUACUUGGGAGAAAUUGCCCCAAAGAACCAUCGGGGAUUCCUGGGCCUGGUUCCAAGUAUCUUUAUUUGUCUGGGGGUCUUUUCUGCCCAAGUCCUGGGCCUUCCAGAGCUUCUGGGGGAGGAUGCCUAUUGGCCUCUUUUCCUCUCUAUAGUGGUGGUUCCUGCUUUUCUGCAGCUCUUGCUACUGAGUUGGUUUCCUGAAAGCCCUCGUUACUUGCUUAUUGAGAAAAAUAAUGUCCAUGGAGCUGCUGAAGCAUUAAGCUUGUUCCUUGGUCAACAUAAUGUGCAGGAUACCAUUGCGGAGAUAGAAGAAGAAAAGCGUUCACUUGCCUCAGUGAAAGCUGUGUCUGUAUGGCAACUGCUCUCAGAUCAUUCUGUGCGAUUUCAAGUACUGUCUGUAGUAGUGAUCAACAUGGGUAUGCAGCUCUCUGGAAUUGAUGCGAUCUGGUUUUACACAAAUGCUAUAUUUGAGCAUGCUGGCAUUCCUGAUCCUGAUAUCCCUUACACUACCGUGGGCACUGGUGCCAUUGAGGUUGUUGCUGGCUUAAUAGGCUGUUUCACCAUUGAGAAGGUGGGACGUCGUUCUCUCCUCAUAGUUGGCUUCUGUUUUAUGGGCAUCUGUUGUGCUGGCAUCACCCUGUCCCUGGUGCUUCAGUCAAGUGUGUCCUGGAUGCAUUACAUCAGUGUGGCUUUUGUGAUUGGAAUCAUUGCAGGAUUUUGCAUAGGACCAGCUGGCGUCCCAUUUCUGAUGACAGCUGAACUCUUCAAGCAGUCACAUCGGCCAUCGGCUUAUAUUGUGGGUGGGUCCCUCAACUGGCUCUCGAACUUCACUGUCGGCUUUGUGUUUCCCUUCUUGCAGAUGUCAGCUGGUCCUUUCUCCUACCUGGUCUUCUGUGGUAUCUGCUUUCUAGUUGCACUGUAUGUGUAUUUCAUAAUCCCUGAGACUAAAAAUAAGACAUUCGUGGAAAUCAGCCACUUCUUCACCUCCUCUCGCCCUACCUUCUUCUCUAACUUGCCCGGUUCUUUCAAGAUGGUCAAGUUAAAUGGCUAUGGAGCCCUGGAAAACAGCUCCUUGGAAUUCUCUGGAUCAGUAUCAGAUCUCCCAUGA